AUGAAGUUGUUGGUUGCUUUAACCUUCGUCAGCCUGGCUGUGAUGUUCGUGAUGAUCCUCCAGACCGUGCGCCAGGAGCUGCACAUGCGUCAUUUAAAUACCCGCACGGUGGAGCACGCUGCUGAGUUCCAAAAGGGAGAGAAAGUCAUUGCUACAUUAAAACCCCAAAUCAGCGUGCUGAAAACGAAUCUGGCGUCCGUCAUGGGCAGAGUAGAGGAGCUCCAGAAGCGGAAAGCAGCCGCUGAACAAGAAGAGCAGACGCACAAAGCAAGUUUGCUGGCAUGCGGCAAAGACAAGGACUUCAGCCUAACCAACUCCUCAUGGAGUGCAGAAAACAUGCGCUUGGAUGACUACUACAAUGGUCGGUGUGAGGCAGACAAUUUAGUAGGAGAGAAACUGAGGGGACCCUGGAGAAGAACGUCCAGCUAUGAUCGCUUCCAAAUGUUGGAAAUAGGGGGAGUCUACCUCAGCAAGUUUAUUCAGUCAAAUGCUUGUGAGUUUACCCGCAGCAUAAAAACCACAGGAGCAGCAUUUGAGUAUGUUGUAUUCUAUAACAAAGAAGAGCAGAGAAGUGUCUGCAUUUUCCAAGCUGGGUACCUGCCGGAGAGACCACCAGGAAUUGUCCACAGAGGAGCAAUCUCAACCAUGAUUGAUGCUGCAACCUGUCUACAUGCAACCCACGUCUGUGGGCCAAUGAUGACCGUCAACCUCAACAUUAAUUACCGGAGCCCUAUCCUACUCAGGAGUACAGUAUUGAUUGAAUGCCUCUAUAAAAGUGAAGGCCGAAAACAUUUAUUUUCCUGCCAAGUGACCAGCAGCGAUGGCUAUACAUUGCACAUAGACGCAACAUCCCUUGUCACUUCGAAGAUGGUGAGGAGUUUGUUACGAAUAUUAACGGGUUGCCAGCGCUUUGCUACAUCUCCAUCCGUGUACCCUCACGCCUGCCCUUUUACUUGGCUGUCAUUCAGAAGCAGCUUUAUGCGGACCAUGGUGACACUGCCAUUCUCAUUUCCGCUCAAGCCUCGGGACUUCAGUUUGCCGAAUUCAUCAUGGAAUGCAGAGAUGAUGCGCCUGUAUGACUACUACAACAGCCAAUGCGAGGUGGAAAAUGAAGCUGGAGAGAAACAGCGAGGACCCUGGCGGAGAGUGCCUAGUUAUAAUCGCACCCUCAAGUAUGCCACAGGAGGAGCCUAUCUCAGCAAACUCAUCCAGUCCAAAAAUCGCCUUUUUACACGCAGCAUUAAACCUACAGGAGCAGCAUUUGAGUAUGUUAUAUUUAUUAACAAAGAAGAGCAAAGGAGUGUUUGCAUUUUUCAGGCUGGACAUCUAUUGGAGGGCCCACCAGGGCAUGUCCACGGGGGGGCAAUAGCCACUAUGAUUGAUUCUGUUACUGGCGCUCAUGCAGCUUUCCUUUCUGGAGCAGUGAUGACUGCCAAUCUCACGAUUAAUUACCGCAGCCCCAUCCCAUUGGGAAGUACAGUGUUAAUUGAGUCUUCCCUUGAUAACAAGGAAGGCAGGAAAACUUUCAUUUCCUGUAAAGUGACGAGCACUGAUGGCUCCAAGUUGCACACAGAGGCAACAGCACUCUUCCUGUCUAUCAAAGUCAGCCAGUUAUUGGGAAUGUGA